AAAACAUCCACCGCUUGGAUCAUUGCUCUCUGCAGAAAUUGUUAAUUUUCACCUAGAACUUUCUUCCCAGAAUGAAAUUAAUUUCUAAUUAUUCUCAAUUUUCAAGAUUUGCUUUCUGAAUUUUGGUUGCUGUUUGUUUGUUUUCUUGCUUAAUUUAACAUCCACAGAUUCUCAGAAAAAUGGGGUUGAAGGAAUUUUGUGGGGUUCUUUAGGUGUUUUGUACUUCAAAAAUUUAGGUGAAGAAGAGAGGAUUUAGAGAGUUGUAUCGAGAUGUGUGAAUCAAGAAAGCCUCAUUUUCUUGUGGGGUUUAAUCCCUCUUUGAAUUAUGAAAAGUUGAAAGUUCCAUCAAAAUUCACUAAACAUAUAGAAGAAAGGGCCUCAGGAACAGCAGUUUUGGUGGGUCCCAGUGGAAAUUCUUGGCAUGUGGACUUAAUACAGCAAGAUGAUGGUUUAUUCUUCCACAAUGGAUGGGCUUCAUUUGUUAAAGAUCACUGCAUUGAAGCUGGGGAUUCUUUGGUUUUCAGAGAUGACGGUGAUUUACAUUUCACUGUGCAAGUAUUUGAUGAGAGUUCAUGUGAGAAAGAGGCUGCUUAUAAUGCUGACUGCAGUCAAGGAGCAACAAACUUGUACAAUCUUGCUCUGAAAAAACGAGACCGAGGAAACUCAGUUUUAUUAGAUUGCAUUGUUGAAGGUGUUCCAAAAAAAAUGAGAAGCACUCAGAACCCUUCCGAAUGCACAAGUAGCCAGGAUACCCAUGAACUUGCAUUUAGCAAGGAUGGAUACACUCCAGAAGAUGCAGGAAGAGAUUAUGUUGCUAGCUUUCUCGAUGAAAUGGAGAAUGCUGGAGAUGCAUUAGACAAUACAGUUACCAUUGCUGUGCCAUCUCAAGCAAUGGUUGUCUUCGAUAACCCAGAAUCUAAAGCAGAGGUGAAAAUAGGCAGUGGUACCUCCGAGGAAGAUAUGUGGUUGCCUGCACAGGAAGCGGAAAAGGUUGCCCGUUUGUUUACCUCAAGUUUCCCCAGCUUUACUAAAGUUAUGAAGAGGUUCAACAUCAGUGGCUCAUACACCCUGCACAUCCCUUACCAAUUUGCCACGGAAUAUCUUCCCAAUUGCAAGGUGAAGAUUUUACUUCAUAAUUUAAAAGGGAAAACCUGGACUGUGAAUUCAAUCCCGACUACAAGAGUUCAAACAUCACAUACCUUUUGCGGAGGGUGGUUGUCAUUUGUUCGUGAAAAUAACAUUGAUUUGGGAGAUAUCUGCAUCUUCGAGCUUGUCCGCGAGUGUGAAUUACGUGUGCGUGUUCUUAGGGUGGAAAGGGAAGGAAAUGGUUACAGUAGUAAGGCAGUUCAUGAAGGACUAGCUGCUGAUUAUGCUAAAAUUUCUGGAAGUAAGUCCAGGAAAGUGGGAGCAAAUUCUAAUCACUGUUCACAGCAGGUAGUGAAGGCCAUGAAGUAUGAUAAAAAAGGAUCUAAUCAUGACAAAGGGCAUCAUGGUAAUAUGUUGAAGAAUCAUCAGCUCCAUUGCCAGUCAAAGAUUAGUAGUGGAGAUUCAGCAAUCAGGAAACCUACUAGUUCUCAAGAUAAACAGGGUUCUUUCACCAAGAGCUGUAUGUCCAUGAAAUCAGUACCCGAAGAGAAAUUAGCCGCUGAAUCUUUCGUUUCUAAUUUCCCUCGUUUCGUGCGAAUCAUGAAAAAGUUCAACGUUAGUGGCUCUUACACUUUGAAAGUUCCAUACCGGUUCUCAAUGGAACACCUCCCAAACUGCAGAACAGAAAUUGUGCUUCAUAACUUGAAAGGAGAAUGUUGGACCGUAAAUUCAAUUCCGACUGUAAAGGUACAAACGCUGCACACAUUCUGUGGAGGAUGGUCGGCAUUUGUCCGAGAGAAUGACAUCCAGAUGGGAGAUAUCUGCAUAUUUGAGCUCAUUGGGAAAUACGAAAUGCGUGUACAUAUAUGUGCAAAUGGGGUAAUUGCUGACCAGUCGGCCAUUGUUGUGUCCUUGACAAGCUAGAGACCUUUGGUGUAACUCACUGUAGGAAAGACUACUUUUGCCUAAAUACAAGCUUGGCGUUUUGCUGGAAGAUAAUAUUAGCGAAACUUGGAUACACUGGAUCAGAAAGGGAACACAUCAAUGUUAUGGAGAAGUGCUAAAAGUGUUGCAGGUGCAUCUCUUGCUGGAGUCAUCUAUGGACGAAGUGGAGUUCUUGGACAAUACAUAGGAGUUUCACUCCCCAGACCAUAGCGUUCUUCCGCGCAACUAGAGUUAUCCGCUUCCACAAUCUCAUAAAUUUGACUCCGAUCAACGUAAGCAUGAUUCAUCUGAGCCUCCAAUUCUAUGCUGACUCUACGCCCUCUAACUUCCACAACUCUCCCAACCAUUCCAUUAUGAAGUCCUUGACGGAUUUUGAU